AUGGAUAACCAACAGAGCUUGCAGAAGCACAGGCAGCGUCGCGAGGCCGAGAGAGAGCGCAAACGAGCUCUUCGAGCUUGCGACGGCUGCCGACGCCAGAAGGAGAAGUGUGAUGGUGGCGUGCCCUGCCGGCGAUGCACCCGUCUGCAUCGCCAAUGUGAGUUCCUAGGCCCAACGGCCAGGGACGGUGAUGGCGCUGGUGAUGGCGCUGCUAGAAAUCGCACUGGCGCCAGCAGCACCGAGCUCCUCCAGCGCGUCGCCUACAUGGAGAAGAUCAUCACUCACUACGCUGGCAACAUUUCCUUUGACUCGGAGACUCUCAAGGCAAUGGCGGAAUCGGUAGACAAGAACCCUGAUGCCCCCAGGAGUCACCGACAGAACCAGGUAGUAGCAUCGCCAGGUUCAGAUUAUCUUGGUGUUGACGAUGAGAACUUUACUGUUCAACCGCUCGACAACAAUACCACUCACUACUCUGGUGAGUUUUCGCAUUGGAAUUUUUCAAUGCGAAUCAAGCAGUGGAUUGAACAGUGUGUGCCAGACGGUGCUCGGCUUGAUGGCACGGGGUCUCUCAGCUUCAAGGAGUACUACCGAGCCGAGGAGCUCCAGUCCGCAAACACACUAUCCUCGCUUUCUGCUUUGCCACCUCGAUAUGUGGCCGAGUUCUUGGUCCAGGCGUUUUAUAAGCACGCCGAGACUAAUUACUUUUAUGUCGAAAGGGGUUGGCUUGCCGAACAGCUCGAUCUUGUCUACCAGAAUCCCGCCGCUCUCUCUCGAAGAGAGGUUGGUACUGUGUGCCUGAUCUGGAUCGUCUUUGCCAUCGGUACUCAAUACGCCUAUCUCGACUCACGCCCAGAGAGGGGCGGCGACCCGAGCAAGGGUGGCAUGGACACCAGUCCGUUUUCGGAGGACACCAUCGGGGUCAUGUUCUACCAGCAGGCUUGCAAGCUGGUCCCCGAUGUCAUCACUGUCGCCUCACUCGAAAGUGUCCAGGCCAUUCUUCUCAUCGGCAUCUACACCCUGCCGCUAGACGCCUCGGGGCUGUCGUACAUCUAUCUUAACCUGGCAGUGAAGCUCGCCAUCCAAAAUGGUCUGCACAGGCGAUACCCCGCCGAAGGGCUGGAUCCUUUCAUCCGUGAGACGAGGAAUCGCGUGUGGUGGACAGCCUACACGACCGAAAAGCGAGUCGGGAUAUACCACGGCCGACCAACUUCCAUUCUGAGCAAGGAUGUGGAUGCGGAGAUGCCUGUUGAUCGGCCUGACAUCAUGCCAUCUAACCCCACGAAUGUAGCGCACAUGCUCGCAACGCUGCGGCUGAAUCAGGCCCUUGGAAAUAUCGCACACGAAAUAUCGGUGCUCAGGACGUCCCAGAAGCAUGAGAUAACCGAAGGCCUCGGCCGAGUCAUCGAGAUGAAGGAAGAGCUCCGUAAGUGGUGGGACAGUCUCCCAGAGACAGCAUUCCGCAAGGAGGUCAAUCUCCAAGCCCCCAUAUCGCGGGCGGAUAUGCAUCUGAAGCUGGAAUACUGCCUCCUGCGCAUGUACGCGGGCCGACCGUUCAUCUUCCCUCGUGAAGCCAUCAAGGGCAAUGCGAGCACCUCGAGCUCCCCAACCGACUCGAACAACCAACGACCCGCGACCCCUCACAAGUCGAACCCCCGUGCCAUCCUAGUCGCCGACUGUGUCGAAGCAGCGUUGACCAUCAUCGACACGUGCCACCUGCUCCAGAAUACCAUCGGCCUCGCACGGGCGUCGUAUACCGAGUUCAGCUCCUGCCGCGCGGCCCUUCUCGUCAUCAUUACCCAGUGCCUUCAGAAAAAGACGGACAGGCUCCGCGAGGGUCUGCGGAAUGGUAUAUCUAUGAUUAAGGAGAUGUCGGCUGGCGGCGAAUCGGCUCGUUCCGAGGCUUCCUUAAUCGAGGUGUUUGAGCGUGCCAUCUCGCGGCUCGACGCCACUGCCGACCCUUCCGGUCGCGAGUCGGAAUACUCGCGGUUCAAGAAGUGGGAGCUUCUCUGGAAGAACGAUGUACCAACCCAGGAGAUAAGGCAGGAGGAGUCUCCCGAAGCAUCGCUGCCUCUGCCUCCUAACCCCUCGGCAUUCUGGCGCGGAAACGGAAACGGAAACGCAACGAGGCCGGGCAUACCCGCCAUGCAUGCCGCAAGCCCUUUCAUCGGGAUGGAUGCGAACUUCCCGUCAGUUCCGCAGGUUAUGGACGAGUUCUCUACACUAUUCGGGUACGGCUUCGGACCGAGCCCUGAAAGCAUGGCCGGCACUGGAAACGGAGGUAUGUGGAUGGGACCUUGA